AUGUCUUGCUCUUUGCAUAGCCCUUUUAUUUCUGUAACAAUUCUCGCGACUAAGCAGGACGCUCUCCCAUUCGAUCCCGAGCGUUUCGGCCGGCCGCUUUGCGAGGUCCCCGUAUUCCAGACCGCGACGAUCCCGUCCACGCUCGCUAAGGAUCACAAACCUGCUUUCAAGCCAAGCUUUAACAUCAUGCCAUGCCAAUAUGCGCGUAGUAUUGAGACCGCGGAGCCAGAGCUUUUAGAGCCGCCGCGGGAGAGUCGCAGCUCCAAGCGGAAGUACAAGAGUCCCGAGGGUCGGCGGAGUAAGCAUAAGCACCACUCCACCACGCGCCGAUCACCGUCGCGACAGGCUACUAUUUCCUGUCCCUGCGCGCGGGAACCUAAGGCACCCAAGGCGCCGGAUCAUACAAGGUCAUGCGAAUUCUGUCAUGUAACCGAGACGCCGAAAUGGAGGUCUGGACCAUCGGGACGUCGUACCCUCUGUAACGUCUGUGGAUUGGUGUACGCCAAGAGGGAGGAAAAGGCCCGGUCAUUCUUAUUGGAGAGGGAGUUUGGGUGCGACUCUGUUUCUGACCCAUCGUCGUGGUCUACAAAGAUCUCAACUGAGGGUUCUCCUUCAUUGGGACUGCGAUGA